UCAAUCUGAAUGUCUGGAAGAAACCGAAUUCACCGAGAGCUUCGAGACAGUUUUCAUGAUCGUCGUGGUUUUUCUCCGGAGAGACCCUUUCUACGAGUCCCUCCGUUGUUACAGCCUCCACCUCCAUCUUUGUUGGAAGAUCUUCAAAUACAGGACGUUGAAAUUAGAAGGCUUUUAAAUGAUAAUCGUAGAUUAGCUGAGGACCGAGGGCUUCUUGAACGUGAACUCAGUGCUGCCAAGGAAGAGCUUCACCGAAUGAACCUCAUGAUUUCUGAUCUUCGUGCUGAGCAAGAUCUUCAAUCCAGGGAGUUCAGUGAGAAAAGGCAUAAACUUGAGGUAGAUAUUCGUGCUAUGGAGUCCUAUAAGAAGGAGGCUUCACAGCUGCGUGGUGAAGUUCAGAAGCUAACUGACAUCAAACGAUUAAGUGGAGAUGUUCAGAUACUUAGGAAAGAUUUGGUAAAAUCAUCAGAUACAGCAGAUUCAGGUUUGAGAGCUGAGGUUAAAGACUUGCAGGAGCUUAUGCACGCUAGAGGUGCACUUGACUAUGAAAAGAAGGAAAAGUUUGAGCUUAUGGAGCAGCGGCAGACAAUGGAAAAGAACAUGGUUUCUAUGGCGCGUGAAGUUGAAAAGCUACGAGCAGAACUUGCUACUGUUGAUAGUAGGCCAUGGGGUUUUGGAGGAUCGUAUGGGAUGAAUUACAACAAUAUGGAUGGCGCUUUCCGUGGUUCUUAUGGAGAAAACGAUAGUUUUUUGGGAUCUUCGGAAAGGAGCCAAUACUAUAGCCAUGGGUCUGGCUCGCAGAAGAAACCUCGUUUGGAUCGUCAUUGAAUUGUAUAAAUGAUCUGUGGAAAAAGAAUGAGGUGAGUCUGAAUAGCCCACUUUGUAACACUCAUCUGGUUGUUUGUGGGGUAUCCAUCUACUCUAAAUCUAAAUGUUAGCUCCUCUGCUCUCUAAAUAAGGCAUUUUAAUUAUUUAAGUUAGAUGGCUAAACUAUGUCGUAUGUUACUACAAAUUGACGAUUUUGGUUUUUCCUGUUUCAUAUUAGCUAUGCCUUAUUAU